UAUAAAUACGAGACAAUUAUAUGAGGGGAGCUCUUUUACAUCUGUAACCGUUCUUAUCCGUUGUUCAACAGUCAACACAGUUCAACAAAAGCAAGAACAACACAAUAUUAAUCCACACUGUGCUGCAUUAACUUGCAUUGUUUAAAUAAAUAAUAUUAAAUUAAUUAAUUAAAAUGCCGGAAACAACACCAGCACAUCACAUGAAUGGUCAUGCAAAUGGACAUACACCACCAGAAUUACCACAAGGAACGUCAUUUUUGUUUACCUCUGAAUCUGUUGGCGAGGGACAUCCAGAUAAAAUGUGUGAUCAGAUUAGUGAUGCCAUUUUGGACGCACAUUUGGAACAAGAUCCCGAUGCCAAAGUUGCCUGUGAAACUGUUACUAAGACUGGUAUGAUUCUUUUGUGUGGAGAAAUCACAUCAAAAGCUGUUGUUGAUUAUCAAAAAAUUGUCAGGGACACAGUCAAUCAUAUUGGCUACGAUGACUCAUCAAAAGGAUUUGAUUGGCGUACAUUGAACCUUUUGGUGGCGAUCGAACAACAAUCACCAAAUAUCGCUGAUGGGGUACAUGUGGACAGGGAAGAGAAGGACUUGGGUGCCGGUGAUCAGGGGUUAAUGUUCGGUUACGCAACUGAUGAAACAGAAGAGUGCAUGCCAUUGACUGUUGUAUUGGCACACAGACUCAAUCAAAAAAUUGCUGAACUCAGACGAAGUGGUGAACUUUGGUGGGCACGUCCUGAUUCCAAAACACAGGUUACUUGUGAGUACAUAAUGGACCAAGGUGCAUGUGUUCCAGUUCGUGUUCACACAGUUGUUGUAUCAGUUCAACACAGUGAAAAAGUAACACUUGAUGAAUUACGUCGGGUUGUUAUGGAAAAAGUAAUUAGAGAUGUUAUUCCAUCAAAAUAUCUUGAUGAUAAAACAAUAUUCCAUGUAAAUCCAUGUGGUCUUUUCAUCAUUGGUGGACCACAAAGUGAUGCUGGUUUAACUGGACGUAAAAUAAUUGUUGAUACAUAUGGUGGUUGGGGUGCUCAUGGUGGUGGUGCAUUUUCUGGUAAAGAUUUUACUAAAGUUGAUAGAUCAGCAGCUUAUGCAGCAAGAUGGGUUGCUAAAUCAUUGGUUAAAGCUAGUUUAUGUAGACGUUGUCUUGUUCAAGUAUCAUAUGCAAUUGGUGUUGCUGAACCAUUAUCAAUUACUGUAUUUGAUUUUGGAACAUCAAAGGUACCACAAAAAAAUCUUCUUGAUAUUGUCAAGAAAAACUUUGAUCUUCGUCCAGGAAAAAUUGUCAAAGAAUUAAAUCUUCGUCGACCAAUUUACCAACAAACCAGUACAUAUGGACACUUUGGUCGUGAAGGUUUCACCUGGGAACAACCAAAACAACUCAAUUUGGAUUGAUGAGGAUAAUUUAUUCAAAAUUCCAAUAAAAUUAAAAAAUUAUAACAUCGUAAAAUAAUCGAUUCAUCACCUUGAACCUCGCAUCAUCAAAACAAAGAAAAAAAACACACACAGACAUACAGACCUCUACUUGCUCUCCGUAUUCAUUAAAAAAGAAAAAAAGGAAAAAAAAACAAAAAACAAAUAAUGACACGAAUACACACAACACGACAGAAUAAUCGUAAAUGAAAUUUAAAAAAUAUUUUUAGUUUUACACUGUGAUUGAAAUGGGAAUGAAACAAAUCAACUUAUUAAAAUCUACAAAUCGGAAGUAGAAAAUCAUUUUUUUUAAUUUUAUUUUAUUCGGUGCUUGAUUGAGAAUUUUAAAGCAACAAAUAAUAAUAAUAGUACUAUAAUUAAUCGAAUAUAAUCAUUUUAUUGACACAAAAUUAAUCAAUUUGUAGGUGUUUUUUUUUUUUAUAUUUAUUUUGUUUUUUUAGCAGUAAUGAAAUUUUAAUAAAACGUACAGUUUCUUCCCAAUCUUAAUGAAGAACGAGAAGUAAAAAAAAAAAAACAGACAUGUUCAAUUUUAUGUAAAUGUAAAUAAAUGACAGUGAAAUGUCUUGUUACAGUAGAAUUAACGGGUAUUAACGAAGAAAAAAAAAAAAAAAAAUUAAUUCACAUAGCGUGAUAUUGUGAUCUUUUAAUUUUUUAAACAGAAAAAGAAAAAAAAAAAAUUAACAAA